AUGUCGCUUCGAGAGAUUAUACUUACAGAACCGCUCCUCCGCACGCAGUGCUCCUUGGGAGAGGGACCUCUAUAUGACCCAAACACUUCAACUCUCCAUUUCCUUGACAUUGAGCAAAGCAAAGUCUUUCACUACAAUGUCGUGUCGAAGGAGCUAGUCUGUGAAGUGUUCGAGGACGCAGUGACUUGCUUGGCCGUCAGGCGUAACAACAAAGGACUUGCAUGUGCAACGAGCCAGGGAUUCGCUAUCAUUGAGAAGAAUUCGACUUUGCGCUACCUCUCCCGCCCACUUCCGGAGGCAUACAGAGGGCGCACGCGCUUCAACGAUGGUGCAUGCGACCGAAAGGGGCGGUUCGUGGCCGGCACGCUGUUUAGCGCAAAGCACGACGUGCCCGGGCAACUUUGGCGAUAUGACCCGGAGCUCGAUAAGUGCGAGAGACUCGACCCCGGCCCGUUCACGGACUCCAACGGGCUGGGUUGGACCGAGGAUGGAAGGACCAUGCUUUUCACUGAUUCGUUCAGAAACAAGAUCUUUGCGUUCGACUACCCGGAAUACGGCCUCCCGACCCGGAAGGCCGACUUCGUUUCAGACGCGAUCUCGCAGGGUCUACCUGCGGGCACUUUUCCAGAUGGGCUCUGCAUCGAUAACGAGGGUGGGGUCUGGUCAGCGCGCUGGGGUGGGUCGCGCAUCAUCAGAUACACGAAGGACGGCUGCAUGGAUCUUCAAGUCGUUAUUCCAUCCGCGCUUAACAUCACAGCGUGUGCAUUCGGCGGUCCGAGAAACGACCAGCUGUACGUGACCACCGCCCACUGCGGGGCGUGUGGGGGUGACGGCAGCCGGCAGCCUUCUUUCCCUGACUCAGGGGACCUGUUCGUUGUUGAUUUCGCCGGCGAAUUCACUAGCGGCGAAUGGCGUUUUCCGUUCGCAGGCUAG